AUGGCGGCCUGCAGGAGGCUGAUGAAGGACAACCCUCCAUAUGGGAAGGGGGCCUUCAGAAUUGAAAUCAGUUUUCCAGCAGAGUAUCCAUUCAAGCCACCGAAGAUCACAUUUAAAACAAAGAUCUAUCACCCAGACAUUGAUGAAAAGGGGCAGGUCUGCCUGCCGGUGAUUAGUGCUGAGAGCUGGAAGCCAGCCACCAAGACUGACCAAGUAAUCCAGUCCCUCAUAGCACUGGUGAAUGACCCCCAGCCUGAGCACCCCCUCCGGGCUGACCUAGCUGAAGAAUACUCUAAGGACCGUAAAAUAUUCUGUAAGAACGCUGAAGAGUUUACAAAGAAAUAUGGGGGAAAGCGACCUGUGGACUAAAAUCUGCCGCUCCUCCAUCACCAAGCAUUGGAACGUGCCAUGGAGUGCUUCGACUCCUCAGUGUAGCAGCCACACCACAGUCCUUCCUUGGCACGGUUUGACCCUUUGGGAGAUUGGAGUUGGCGUGACUCUGCUUUGUAGCUGACACCAGCCUGGGGUUG